UGCCUAGUGGGUUGUCGACCAAAGGAGUCUGGUUACUGUUGCUGCUGCCAUGCAAAUACCUAUCCUUGAUGGUGGUGGAUGUAAGUGGGUCCAAUUCUACCACGAAGUGAGGGGGAAGUAUUGAAUGGAGCAUGUGGUGCAUGCCGUGCUGCACAGCCAGCGAAGCCCUUCCAGGAGCCCACAGCUGGCCGCCACAAACCACCUCCUGUCUGGGAGCCUUAUUCCUCUGAGCCACUCAGACCUAACCCCGACAGGCUUGUAACUUCAUGAAGAUUCCUUACAUCGGUGAUGUAAUGAAUAAAUUUGAAGUCCUUGGGAUUGUGGGUGAAGGUGCCUAUGGCGUGGUCCUGAAGUGUAGACACAAGGAGACUAAUGAAAUUGUGGCCAUUAAGAAGUUCAAGGACAGUGAAGAGAAUGAGGAGGUUAAGGAGACCACCCUGCGCGAGCUCAAGAUGCUCCGCACCCUCAAGCAGGAGAACAUCGUGGAGCUGAAGGAGGCCUUCCGCCGGAGAGGGAAGCUCUACCUGGUCUUUGAGUAUGUAGAGAAGAAUAUGCUGGAGCUGCUGGAGGAGUUACCCAAUGGCGUGCCACCGGAAAAAGUGCGAAACUACAUCAACCAGCUAAUCAAAGCAAUUCACUGGUGCCAUAAGAAUGACAUUGUUCACAGGGAUAUCAAGCCAGAGAACCUGCUCAUCAGCGCUGAGGACGUGUUGAAGCUGUGUGAUUUUGGCUUUGCCCGCAAUCUCUCGGAGGGGAACGAUGCCAACUAUACGGAGUACGUGGCGACGAGAUGGUACCGCUCUCCAGAGCUGCUGCUAGGCGCCCCCUAUGGGAAGGCAGUGGACAUGUGGUCGGUGGGCUGUAUCCUGGGGGAGCUGAGUGAUGGACAGCCAUUGUUCCCAGGAGAGAGUGAGAUCGACCAGCUCUUCACCAUCCAGAAGGUCCUGGGCCCUCUGCCCCCUGAGCAGAUGAAGCUGUUCUACAACAACCCUCGCUUCCACGGGCUGAGGUUUCCUGCCGUGAACCACCCGCAGACCCUGGAGAGGAGGUACCUGGGCAUCAUUAGUGGAGCGCUGCUCGACCUCAUGAAGAACCUGCUGCUGCUGAGUCCGACGGAGCGCUUCCUGACGGAGCAGAGUCUGAACCACCACGCCUUCCAGACCCAGCGCCUGGUGGAGCGCCCCGCCCCGUCCACGCCCACGCCCGCCCGCUCCUCCAAGAGGAAACCUCACCACGGGGACAACGCCGCCCCCAGCAGAAGUCACGGCGGGGGGAAGAGCUCGGGCCACCCCCGCUCCAGCAGCAGGGACUGCUCCAGCCUGCCCCGCCACGAGGACCUCCAGCCCAGCCCCGAGGGCUGCCUCAACGGCAACGUGCCGGCCAGCCUCAGCCCCACCCUGCACCCCAAGAACUACCCGCCCCAGCCCCUCAACCGCUCGGCCUCCUGCGGCAAAGACCUGGCCAACAACAACCUGCCGCACCUGCUCAGCCCCAAGGAGGCACACACCGUGGGGGGCGACUUCGACUUCAGCCCGGGGCCCAAGGGCUCAGACGGCCCCGGGGCCAAGUACCUCAAGUCCAACUCGCGGCCGCAGCAGAGCCGCCACUCGUCGUUCGCGGAGGGCAAGAACAACACGCUGCAGUCCAGCGACAAGCACGGGCGCCACGGCUACCUGGACUCCUCCCACGGCUCCUCCGGCCCCUCGUCCUCCAAGAGCCCCGCCUACCUGAAUCUGUCCAAGAGCCACGGCACGCUCAGCGACGCCAAGUCCGUGGGCAACCUGAGCGAGCCGCGGCUGCUGGGGGACGAGCCGCCGUCGCGCUACUUCCCCACCAGCUGCCUGGACCUCAACGCCCCGGGCAGCCCCGCGGCGCGCCACGGCGAGCGCCAGGGCCACAGCCCGGCGGGGCGAGGCGGCGGCGGCCCGCGCCCAGAGAGAGACAGCAACACCCUGGACUCCUCCUCCCGCCGCGCCUCCUCCCGCCACAAGGCCUCCGAGGAGGCGCCGGAGGAGGCGGGGGGAGGCGGGCACGCCCACGCCCUGGCUGCCCCACACGACGCCCUGGCCUACGGCCUGGGCUACACCUCGCCGUUCUCCUCGCAGCAGCGGCCGCACCGCCACUCCAUGUACGUGAGGCGGGACAGGCAGAGGACUCACGGGAACGAGGUGGGGCUGGCGGUGGGCCAGGGCAUGCCGGCCAGGACCAGCAGCCUGCAGAUGCUCUCCCCCCAGCUGCAGCACCGCACGCUGCCCCGCCACUCCGGGGGGUCCUCCCGGGAGGAGGACCUGAGCAGGCAGAGCGAGCAGGGGCCCAAGGAGGGGAGCCACGGCCGGCCCCCGAUCAGAGACUCCACCCGGGACAACACGGCCUCCUUUCACAUACAGCGACAAAAGAGCGAGGUGGGCAUGUACCACGAGCAGCACGGCGAGGACGGCGGCUCGUCGAAGGAGAACCGCAUCAUCUACAGCGAGUCCAUGCCCAGGAGGGUGGGCAGCUUCUACCGAGUGCCCUCUCCUCGGCCAGACAACUUCCACGAAGGCGGCGGGCAGAGCAGGGGAUCAGGGGUGGCGGGGGACGGUGGCACCAACCACUCCAAGCGCCAGCCGGCCUUUGACCCCUGGGCAGGACCCGAGACUGUGGUGAUGAACCCUGUCGAGCCCUCCAAGGAGAAGGAGAAGCAGGGAUUCUUCAGAGGAAUAAAGAAGAAAAAGAAAAAGUCCCAAACGACGGCGCUCCCGGAUGGACGGACCCCCGUCAUCAAGACUUGUCUAUUCCCUCUGUUUAGCUCAAAGCCUAGCGUAAAGCGUAGCUCCAGUGUGAGGCUGCUCCCAGUAGUCUCCUCCCCCAUGGUCCCCAGUGACGGAGUAGAUCACAUGGCCGUACAGAAGUCCUCCAGGUCCUCUGGCCAUAGCAGCCGCCACAAGAACCGGGACAAGAGCCGCGAUCGCGAUAAGAGCCACGAUCGGGAAAAGAGCCGCGAUCGCGAUAAAAGUCGUGAUCGCGAUAAAAGCCGUGAUCGCGAUAAAAGCCGUGAUCGCGAUAAAAGCCGCGAUCGGGACAAGAGCCGUGAUCGGGACAAGAGCCGGGACAGAGACCAGGACGACUGGCUUCCAGAAAAACUGACAGAUUCUCAUUCUCAGAGCCAGCCCCUCAAGUCUCUGCGCAAGCUCCUGCACCUCUCCUCCUCGUCCUCCAACCAGACCACCCCAUCUGACAUGCGCUUCCAGCCUCUCCCCAACCCGGCCUCUGCUAAAGGUGGCUUCAGCGAUGGCAGGGGCCACCCGGGACUCAGCACCCCCCAGCUGAAGAGCCGGCAGGCGGCCUACCCCCUGCCAGGACAGCUGGAGUCCAGCUGGCAUGCGUCAGCCUUGAGCCGGGCGGAGGGGAACCCCUACCCAGAACAAAUGGGUGGCAAGGGAGGGCAAAACGGGCACGGCUUCGGACGAGCCUCCCGCUCGCGGAUGCCAAACCUCAAUGACCUGAAAGAGACUGCACUGUAGUGCUUCACUCUACCCACACACUCAUCCCCCAACCACGCCCCACCUUCUGGCCCUGGCAGACCCCUACUGCCACACGUCCUGCAUUUAUUUUUUAAUUGUAUUUCCUUUCUUUCUUUUCAAAGCUUCCAUGUUUGAUAGAAUUUGUAAUAUUAUCUAUGGUAAUGCUGAAUAUAGUUUUUUGUUAUAAAUUACAAAUAUAUAAAUGAAUAAUAUAUAUCAAUAUAUAAAUAUAUGGCUAUUUAAAAUGUAAGAGUUCCGGCUAUUUAAAUGUAAGAGUUUUAGUUUAUACUCAAUAAGUAUAUAUUACAUGGUAUCGCGUAGUAUUUACAUACAUUUCCUUAAAAUUAUCUAAAGUUGUCUCACUGAUUAAGUUAAGAGUUUAUUCAUUGUUGGUCUGUCAUGUCCUAUUACUUUUUACUGUGUUUUCAAUACCUGAUGUAUGAUCUGGGCCAUCUGCCUCCAGUUGGCCCAAGUCACACUGGUUAGAGAUGUCAACAUGCAGCUCACUUGAUCAGUUUCACCAUUUUUCAAAUCAGUUCUCUUUUAAAUCCAUUGCUGUAUUUUAUGUGAGUUGACAAUCAAAACUUGUGUUUUGCAUGUGCUUUAAAAGAAGAAUGCAAUACCGGCGGAGGAACUUGAUAUUUGAUAGAAUCGCCAACGUCGCCCCCUGCAGGACAUAAGAAACUGCACCUAAUAAAUACACCAGAACUUAACACUGGAAGGAUAGUAAGGAUAGUAUGGAACUUUGUAAUAACGAUAUACAAAUACAAUUUAGCAUUUAACUUUGUUAUAUUCAGGUUAAGUACAUAUGCACAAGGCAUUGUGAUGUAUUCCAGUAAACUGUCUAUUGAAGUGUUCUGAAGUAUAAUUAUAAUCAUCAUAACCUGCAGGUGAAGAGCCUCUGCACCCCAGCUUUGAAUAUCACCAAGAGCGCAUUGUUGUCUGUAAAAUGCUGUUGUCAUUGUUGCACUACCACAAUAAUACUAACAAAAGUUUCAACUGCAAGGUUAUGACUUUAACAAUAGCUAUUGUAAAAUACAUUGAGAGAAAAGCGUAUACUAGGUUUAAUGUCGUAAGGUUGAGCUAAGACUACAUUUAGACUAUUGGUACUAAAAUGCAUAUGAGCAGUUUGUGAAUAUCUUUCAAACAAGUUAAUAAUGAUUCAUUAGGAAAAACGGUUCUCUAGACUUCCUUAUUCUAUGGUCAGCACAUGUUAUUCAACCAAACUUAAGUUUAUAAGGUAGUUCCGUUUUUAUGUAAAAUUAUAUAAUAUUUUUUAAUAAUUCAAUCAUUUCAUUUGUGGCCGAGGACAGAUAUUGGCUUGUGCUGUGCUGUGUACGUCAGCUUAGAGUAAGCUAUCACCUGUAGCUCAUAGCUCUCAGAGUGAGGUGAUACAGCACAGAUCAAACCUCUUCCUACACAUCUAAUGUUACAGGACAUCUUAAG